AUGUCUGUAGAAGAGCCUAUCGCGAUUAUUGGAAGCGGUUGCCGAUUUCCAGGCGCCUCAUCAUCUCCUUCUCGCCUCUGGGAUCUCCUGCGGGAGCCACGCGAUCUUUCAUCCAAGGUCCCCGGCGAUCGAUUCAAUGCCGACGCAUUCUACCACGAGAAUGGACUGAACCACGGAACCUCAAAUACACAAAAGUCCUACUUCCUCGAGGAGGACGUGCGGUGCUUCGAUGCCUCGUUCUUCAACAUCUCGGCCAACGAGGCAGAAAGCAUCGAUCCGCAGCAACGGAUCCUGCUGGAAUCCAUCUAUGAGGCUCUGGAAACAGCAGGUCAGACGCUGCACGGCCUCGAAGGGUCCAUGACGGGUGUGUUCUGUGGCCUCAUCUAUGAGGACUAUGCAAGCAUUAUGUUCCGGGACCUUGAUGCUUUGCCACGGUACACGGCAAGCGGGAUAGCUCGCUCGAUUGCCUCAAACCGUGCCUCAUAUUUCUUCGACUGGCAUGGACCAUCGGUGACCCUGGAUACAGCGUGUUCGUCCAGUCUAGUGGCGGUCCACCUAGCGGUAAAGGCUCUCCGCGAUGGGGAGUGUAGCAUGGCUAUUGCGGCUGGGACUAAUAUUAUCCUGGCGCCCAAUGUCUACAUCAGCGAGUCUAAGCUAAACAUGCUUUCCCCGACGGGCCACAGCCGUAUGUGGGACGGCAAAGCUGAUGGGUACGCACGGGGUGAAGGUGUCGCUUCCGUGGUCCUGAAGCGCCUCUCUGAUGCCAUUGCUGACCGCGACCCAAUCGAGUGUGUUAUCAGGGCCAGCUGUAUCAAUCAGGAUGGGCGGACAACGGGAAUCACAAUGCCGUCAAGGAAAUCCCAGGCCGAGCUCAUCCGGUCUACUUAUAUCAAAGCCGGGCUGGACCCGUGCAAUCCGCUGCAACGAUGUCAGUACUUCGAAGCCCAUGGAACAGGAACGCAAGCAGGCGACCCGGAGGAAGCCGCUGCGAUUUACUCGGCGUUCUUCUCCGGGGAUUCAACCUCGUCUCCGGAGCAGGAUGGGCUAUAUGUCGGGUCCGUAAAGACGGUGAUCGGCCACACCGAGGCCACGGCCGGACUUGCAGGUCUGAUAAAGGCCUCCUUGUGUGUCCAGCACGGGGCAAUCCCCCCGAACCUGCACCUUGACUCUCUCAGCUCCAAGAUAGCUCCAUUUGCACACCGACUGCAGGUUCCCAGGCAAAUGGAGGAGUGGCCAGACCUCUGUCCUGGUAGUCCAAGAAGGGCCUCAGUUAACUCCUUUGGAUUCGGCGGCACAAAUGCCCAUGUGAUAUUGGAGAGUUAUGAGCAAACCCCCAACUACCACGCGAUAGCAGCUCCUGGACACGGAGACUGCAAUACCCCUGUGAUUCUACCGCUUGUAUUUUCUGCAACAUCUGAAAAGACCCUUGGCGCCGUCCUGGAAAGCUACGCUGAUUUCAUAAUGACCCAUGAUAAACUAGACCUCAACAACCUCGCGUGGUCACUGUUAUGUCGACGAUCCAACUUCCCCUAUAAAUGGAUCACAUAUGCGUCGUCCGUCGAAGCCCUGCAGAGCCAACUCAGUAGAGAACUGGAGGUAAGGAAAUCACAGACGCCGUCCACGAUCAUAUCGCGGCCCAGCGCAGGGCGGAGCCGUAUUAUGGGCGUUUUCACCGGACAGGGAGCACAGUGGCCUGCAAUGAGCCUUGAUCUGAUAUUAAAAUCGCCAGAAGCAAGACGAUGGGUUGGUGAAUUGCAGGCCUCUCUGGACCAGCUACCUGCUGCAUACCGCCCGGACUUUUCUCUCCUUGAAGAGCUGUGCCGACCAGCAACGUCUUCGAGGGUACAGCAGGCGGCAAUAUCACAGCCCCUUUGCACUGCUGUGCAAAUCGUAUUUGUCAACGUGUUGCAGGCCCUAGGUAUCACCUUUGAUGCCGUUGCUGGGCAUUCGUCUGGUGAGAUUGCAGCGGCCUAUGCAGUGGGCAUUCUCACGGCUUCGGAAGCAAUCCGGAUUGCUCAUCUCCGGGGUCGCUUUGCCAGGCUUGCAGGAGUCGCUGGAAAACCAGGUGCCAUGCUGGCUGCUACUUUAUCAAGGGAGCAGGCCGACGCCUUCUGCAUGCGACCUGAGUUUCACGGGCGACUUGGCGUGGCAGCGGUCAAUUCUAGCUCCAGUGUUACUCUGUCCGGCGAUGCAGAUGCAGUUCAAGAAGCGGAAGGUUUGCUAAAGGGUGACGGGAAGUUUGCGAGGGUACUUCGUGUUGAUACAGCCUACCAUUCGAAGCAUAUGGCUCCAUGUGCAGAGCCCUACCUUCAGGCAUUAAAGGCAUGUGAUAUCAGGCCCCUUGCGCCAGUCUCGCGGCGAUGGUUUUCCAGUGUUCACCAUGGCCAAGAAAUUACCUCCGGGAAUUUAGAUGAACUCAAGGCCCAAUACUGGGUCGAUAACAUGUGUGGGAGUGUGCUCUUUGGCCCAGCCAUGACAGAGGCUGUCUCCACGAGUGGUCCGUUUGACAUGAUUCUAGAAGUAGGGCCACACCCUGCGCUGAAAGGACCAGCGGUGCAAACUAUUUGCGCUGCAGAAGGCUCAAGCAGGGAGCCCCCGCCCUAUGUAGGGCUUCUUAGCCGUGGUGACAAUGCGAUCGAGACGGUGGCGGCAGCAAUAGCCUCUGUUUGGAGUUAUCUGGGUCCGAAUUCAUGCAACGUUGACAGCUACGCUCAGCUCUUCGAACGGUCUCUGAGGUUCGGCUUUGUCAAGGACCUCCCUACCUACCCCUUUAACCAUUCCAACCGUUUCUGGGCGGAACCUCGAGUCUCAAGGUCUCUUCUCCACCAGAAGGAGGCGCCCAACCAGAUUCUAGGCAGGCUAUGUGCGGACGCUGGAGCCGGGGAGUGGCGUUGGCGUAAUUAUCUUCGUCGCGAGGAAAUCCAGUGGCUGAGUGAUCAUUGUAUUCAGGCACAGGAGGUCUACCCUGCAGCUGGUUAUAUUGCCAUGGCCUUCGAGGCUGCCCAGAUUAUGACACAAGGGAGGCAGACUCAGCUGGUGGAGGUUCAAGAUUUCAGGAUCGAAACAGCUUUACCGAUAAGCGGCACGUCUGCUGGUAUUGAGAUCCUCUUUGCGCUGGAAAAGGUUCUUCAUUUGGACAGUGAUUGCAUGUCUACGUCCUUUGCUUGUCAUGCCGAUAUUGGCGGAGUUCUGAGACCCUGCGCUUCGGGUAAACUUAGGGUUACGGUUGGCACAGCAGACCACGACCUUUUGGCGCCCAGGUCGUUGAGCACACGCAGGAUGCACAGCGUGGAUGUCGACGAGUACUACUCAUAUCUAACGGGGUUGGGAUACGGUUAUUCCGGCGUCUUCCGCGGCAUAACGUCACUUGAAAGAAGAGGGAAUGCCGCCUGUGGCCGCAUGCUCGACGCUGGCGCAGACAAGACGUCUACGCUGGCACUGCACCCUGCGUUUAUGGAGUGUCUGCUGCAGGCAUUGCUCGCGUCUGUGGGUGCACCUGGAGACGGACAGCUGUACACGCUUCAUAUCCCCACGGGUAUCGGCAGGAUAGUCAUGAAUGCAAGUCUUUUCGGAGUCAGAUCCCCGAGGGCUGCUAAGGAACUUGUGUUUGACGCCUCUGUCACUGACCAUGCUCCAAAUGGGAUCAUCGGAGACGCCGGUCUCUUCGAUUCAAAUGGCAGGGGCUUGAUGCAAAUGGAGGGCGUUUGCGUUUCUCCAUUGACGACUGUCAACGCGAUGCAAGAUCGUCUCCUAUUCUCCGAAACGGUAUGGGGACCUCUUCACCCCGAUGCCUCAGUGCCAUACUAUAAACACGAAAAGGCGCCGCAGGAACAGUCCGAGCUUCUGGAACGAAUCGCGCUGUUUUACCUCAAGAAUGUAAGCCAGCAGCUCACGGCGACGGACCGAGCAAGAUUUGACUCGCACCGUCUCAGAUUCGCCACCUGGGUCGACCAUGUGCUUGGGCUGACCGAGUCGGCCUUGCAUCGCUCUUGUCGGCGUGCGUGGCUGAACGACGAUGCUUCAAUCGUGGAUAGACUGCUUCAGCAGCCGCAGCUGGUCUCGACGAUCGACAAGAAGAUCAUACAAGUCGUCGGAAGCAAUCUCCUACGAUUCUUCCGUUUCGAGACCACCAUGUUGGAAGAGUUGAGGAAGGAUGGACUGCUCGAUGAAUUGUACAGGACAUCCGCCGAUUUUGCGCCAUACAACAUGCAUGUUGGGCACGUCGCCGGCCAAAUUGCUUUCCGAUUCCCACGGAUGAAGAUCCUGGAAAUCGGGGCUGGAACGGGGUCUGCUACCAGGGCAGUCGUCGAUGAAAUCAAUACGUCAUAUCAUUCAUAUACUUUCACAGAUAUUUCAGCGGGCUUCUUCAGCGAGGCCCAGAGGGCCUUCCAGGAUCAUGCAGAUCGUUUUCUAUACAACGUGCUUGAUAUCGAGCAAAGCCCGCACGCGCAGGGCUUUGAAGAGCAUUCUUAUGAUCUGGUCAUUGCCUCGAAUGUACUGCAUGCCACCAAAUCCCUGCGCAACACAAUGGCACAUGUCCGCAGUCUUCUAAAGCCAGGUGGCUACCUGCUUCUCAUGGAGGGAACAAACAAGGACGUGAUCCGGAUCUCCACCAUCUUCGGUGGGUUUGAGGGCUGGUGGCUCGCAGACGAUGGUCGACAAUGGGGUCCAAUGGUCGACGCAACUCAAUGGGACUCGCUCCUGACGAGCGUGGGCUUCUCUCAAAUCCAGACAAUCACCCCAGACCAUUCCACUUCACUCCGGCCAUUCUCCAUUAUCGUUUCCCAGGCUGUAGACGAUACCAUCAAUCUGCUUCAGAGCCCCCUGAAUGCUUCGUCGUUGUCGAUUCCGAAGUUGGAUCACUUGCUCCUCGUAGGUGGAGAGGGACAGGCCACGACAACUUUGAUGUCAGAUCUCAAAAGCACGCUCACACCCCUUUUCCACCGCGUAAGUCAACAUGAUACCUUGGAGGCAGUCGAUUUCUCGGCGGUAACGGAUGCGACAACCGUUGUGAAUACGGCCGAUUUAGAUAGGCCAUUCUUUGAACACCUGACGGACCAGAGCUGGAGCUCUCUUAAACUCCUCACCCAGAUGGCAGACCGUAUGCUUUGGAUUUCAGGCUCAGGCCCUUUUCAGGGUAUGAGCAAGGGCUACCUUCGGUCACUCACAUACCAGAAUCCGGGACAGCAUUACCAACACCUGCAGAUUGACGCCAGUGAGAGCACAGCCAAGGUAUCGUCUAUUAUAUCCACUGCACUGAUGCAGCUGGCUCAUGUCGACUUCGACAAUGACUACACACUAGCUAGAUAUGUGUGGAGCGUGGAGCAUGAGCUCCUGCUUAAGGAUGGAAUCUUGAACAUCCCACGCAUCAUGAACAAGUCCUCGGCCAAUGAACGGUAUGUGGCCAGUCGCCGACCCAUUUACAACAAGCUUGACCCCCGUGAAUCUUGCCUCCAUCUAGUCAAUACCGAUUAUAACGUCGACUUAAUUUGUCGGCGCAUAGAGGACAAGGCCAUAGAGUCCUGUACCAGAAUCCGAGCCGAGUACUCCACUUGCACCGCCGUAAGAGUAGGGGCAUUUGGCUACUUACAUGUGGUCAUCGGGCGCGAUACAAAUAAUGGAGCACGCUUGCUUGGUCUGUCAGAGCAGCAUGCGUCUUUCAUAUCCACGCCCUCCUUAUUGACACUACCGUGCGACGUUCCAGGAGACGUCGCCGCCUCCUGUCUUUUGUCAGCUUCUGUGGAAUGUUUAGUAGCCGUGGAUCUGGUCAGUCGUGCAAGGCCUCAUUCGACUAUCCUUCUUCAUGAAGCCAGCGAGAUUCUCAAGCGAGCAGUCUCGCGCCUGGCCCCGGACAGAGAUAUUUCCCCCAUUUUCAGCACAGUCGAACCGGCCGUGGCCUCGUCUGACACUAUACUGUUUCACGAAAUGAGCACCGGACGCGCACUCAAGUCCCAACUACCACAGAAUCUCUCGAUGAUUGUACAGAUGAGUGCAAGUUCCAAUUCGUUCUUCGCGCGUCUCAGGUCGUUGGUGGCGCAAGAUGUCUUGAAAGAACAUAUGGACUCCUGCUAUCGGCCCCUGUCCGUUACAUAUCUACACGCAUCGCCCGAGACAGGCACAGCAGGCAAUUUGCUACGAGUAGCUGGAGAGCUUGCCCUGGAACUAGUUUCCGCCCGACAGGUUGAUACACUAGACAUUCAGAGCCUUCCCUGCGUUCCAGUCCAGUCUGAUGGCGCAAGGAUUGUAGACUGGACCAGCACAGAUGCUAUCCACGCAAGAGUCCGCCCAGCGAGCUCUGAUAUGUGCUUGCUCCCAGACAAAACUUAUUUGGUUAUCAACCUACCGGAUGCCACCAGCCGGUCUGUCUGUGAGUGGAUGGUGAGCAAAGGUGCAGGCACGAUAGCAAUAGCGGCCCAAGAUCCCAUUGAUGUCGACGAAAUUUGGGUGGGCCAGAUGUUGACCGCUGGAGCUACAGUGAUAGCUAUGACCAUCGACUGGAGCAAAGCAACGCCUCUACAGAAUCUACACCGCACGGUUUGCGAGACACUGCCUCCUGUAGCAGGCGUAAUCAGCGGGACGGCUCUGCCUACAGAUGACUCCUCUACCGCAAUGGGAAUGGACAAGAUGCAGGGCACGCUAGAUCAAAGCGUACAGAGCAUUCUUCAAUUGGACGAAGCGUUCUCAAGCAAUACCUUGGAUUUUUUCAUCUUGUUCGGCUCGGCGGUGGGCUCGAUAGGCCACCCAGGCCAGGCAAGUCACUCUACUUUGACUGCCUUUAUGUCUAGUAUUAUUGAACGGCGCAGAAUACGCGGACUAGCGGGUAGUAUAAUCCAUACAGGAGAAAUUCGUGGCAUCGGGUGUAACAACUCUUUCGCCGGCUCUGAUGACUCCAUGUGCUGGCUCCCCAUGUCUGAACGUGACCUCGGUGAGUCCCUCGCUGAGGCUAUCCUGGCUGCAUCCAUGAGUACUAGCUGUAACCCUGAGAUUAUUGCUGGAUUGGGGCAUAUCUCCCCGCAGCAGCAACAGGGGGUGCCCUGGGUCCAAGCUCCAAGUCUCUGGCACUUUAUCCUUCCCCAGACCAACGGCAUAUCUCGACAAUCCAUCGAUCAUGGCGAAGCCGCCGAGUUACAACUUGAAUCGGCAUCCAAUUUAGAGGAAGCAGGGGAAAUAGUCGAGAGGAUGUUGGUAAGCGAGAUUCGCCAGAGGCUUCAGGUCUCUAGCGAUGAGGUCAUUACGCGAAGUACGCUGAUGGUUGAGCUUGGGGUUGAUUCCCUUGUGGCCAUUGACUUGAGAACCUGGUUCUCGAAUGAGCUGUCCGUCGACAUCCCAACUUUGAAGCUCCUUGGUGGUGCAUCCAUUGGCGACCUUACAGAUCAUGCCACAGCAAACUCAGCUUUGCUGACGGGGCUCCAACACGAGCAGCCUAAAGGGACGGUGGACAAGGACGGGGAUCCUGCUCUAGAUACUGGCUCCCCUAUCAGCAGCCCAGUGUCUACCGUGCAAACUACCCCAAGCACAGGGCUGUCGGACCCCUCGAGCGAUACCUCCCCUGCCUCGUCUCAAUCGGACAGCGACUCCCUCUCGGACAACAACAAUAAAAGCACCAAGAACAACAAGAAUGAAAAGACGAUGGUAUAUACCAAAGUUCAGAGACUAUCCUUUGCACAGACGCGAUAUUGGUUUCUCAACCAAUUCCACGAGGAUAAGACUUCACACAACGUGACCUUAUUGUUCAAAAUGGCCACUGCACCACAAGUAGCAGACCUUGAAAACGCCAUCCGCCACGUCGGCAUGAGGCACGAAACGCUUAGAACAUGUUAUCUGACGGAGACGGAUGAGGGAAAGAAUCCCUAUCAAGCUAUUCUUGAACGUUCGCCUCUCCAGCUGGAAACGUGUCGGGUAGGAGACGCCGAAGACGUGAUGUCCCAGGUUGCCAGUAUUCGCAACCAUAUCUACAAUCUGGAGAACGGAGAAGUUGCUCGGAUUCGCCUCAUCACUACGGCCGCCAAUACAUCCUUUCUUAUUAUGGGGUGGCACCAUAUGGCGUUGGAUGCGGCUAGUUUCCAUAUCUUCCUGGGUGAGCUAGGGCUAGCAUAUUCGAAACGGUCCCUUCCUCGCGUUCCGAGACAGUAUACGGACUUUGGUACCGCACAACGGGCGGCAUAUGAAAAAGGAGAGAUGGACGUGGAGCUCACGUAUUGGAAGACUGAGUUUGAGAAUAUCCCGGAUCCUCUGCCGUUGCUACCGAUGGCGUCGGCCAGGGUACGGCAGGCGCUGAAGGGAUACGAUCUACAUGAUAUCCGGUUGGAUGUCGGGCCCUCGACAAUGCGUAUGAUCAAGGCAUCUUGCAAAAAGCAUCGGGCAUCCCCCUUCCAUUUCUUCCUAGCUGUUCUCCGCAUCUUCCUCGCCCGCCUCACCGGGGUUGACGACAUCUGCAUUGGCGUUGCGGAAUCAAACCGGUUUGAUGCCGCCAACGCGGGGAUCGUUGGCUUUUUACUAAACUUGCUGCCACUGCGAUUUCAGGCUAGCAUUGAACAUCAGUUAUUUAGCGAGGUGCUCACUGGAACGCGGGACAAGACCUACAAAGCCCUUCAGAACUCAAACGUCCCCUUUGAUAAGCUGCUUGAUGAGCUGGGCGCCGCUCGGUCAACAGCGUACAGCCCCCUUUUCCAGGUUCUCAUGGACUGGCAACCGCAGACCGGUGACAAUUACAAGCUUGGAGACAUUGACAUGGUGGCCGAAAAAAUCCAACCGGCCCAAACGGCGUAUGACCUGACGCUGCUUAUCGGGGAGUCAUCGGACGGUAGCGCUAUAAUCAACUUCCGGGUGCAAAGCUCGCUGUAUGAUCGCAAGGGGGCGGACCUCAUCGCGCGUGGGUUCAUGGAUCUUGUUGAAGUCCUGGCAGCAGACUUCAGUCAACCAGUCGAUGAGGCACCAAUGUACCAAUCUGAAGUCGAACACGCCAUCAAACUCGGGAAAGGCCCGACGUUGGCGAGGGCAUGGCCUGAGACUAUUUCCCGCAGAAUAGACGAUAUAGCGGACAAAUAUCCGGACCGUAUUGCAGUAAAGGACACCGAAGAUAGGGUGUUCACCUACAAGGGGCUGGCUGGCCGAACCACCGUGCUGGCAGCCACACUUCUCGAGCUUAGCAUCGCCCCUGGAUCAUCGGUUUGUCUAUUCAUGCAGCCCACCGCGGACUGGGUGUGUUGUAUGUUGGCAAUAUGGAAGGUCGGCCUGGUCUAUGUCCCGCUCGACCUGAGGAACCCCGUUGCGCGACUUGCAAGCAUGGUUCAGGACUGCCAGCCGCGCGUCAUCGUCUGCCAGGAUGAUACAGCGGCGGAGGUCGAAGCCCUUGGUUUCCCAGCCGCGAACGUUCUCAACAUCUCCCACCAGAAUUCCAAGACUGAUAUCUCCGCUGUAAUACAAAACAAAUCCGAGCCCCAAGGCCGAUGUACAAUUUUAUACACCAGCGGCACCACGGGCCGGCCGAAGGGCAUCCAGCUUCGAAAUUCUAGUCUACGAAACGAAGUGGAAGGAUACACGACUCGAUGGCGUCUUGGUGCAGAGACCGUUCUGCAGCAAGGGGCAAUGACGUUCAACCACUCGCUGGAUCAGAUGCUUGUUGGGCUUUGCAACGGCGGCCGUGUCGUCGUCGUCUCGCGCUCCCUCCGCGGAGAUCCAGUCUCGCUGACGAAACUUAUAGUAGACGAGAAGAUCACCUACACCAAAGCCACGCCGUCGGAAUAUUCCACCUGGCUUCAAUACGGUUCGGACUCGCUUUCCCGGGCCUCGUCCUGGACGUUUGCCUUUGGCGGUGGCGAGCACUUCACAAGUUCGCUGUCGCAAAGGUUCCGAGCUCUGGAGCUGCCGCAAUUGCGCCUGUUUAACUCUUACGGGCCCGGCGAAAUUACCAUCUCCUCGCACAAGUCGGAGAUCGACUACAGAGAUGAAGGGUCAGCGCCGCCAGGAAAUAUAUAUCCCGUUGGCGAAUCUCUGCCAAACUACAGUGUUUACAUUGUCGACAAGAAGAUGAGAUCCGUACCACGCGGAGUCUCCGGAGAGAUCCUCAUUGGAGGCGCGGGGCCUUGCAUGGGGUAUCUGAAUAUGGACGCCUUGAACGAAGAGAAGUUCAUUCGCAACCCCUUUGCCAGCCCCGAGUAUAUCAGCCAGGGCUGGACAAGAGCAUAUCGAACCUUCGACCGGGGCCAUCUCCUCAGCGACGGCAGUCUGGUCAUCGAGGGCCGGCUUGACGGCGAUACGCAGGUGAAGCUUCGUGGGAUUCGUAUAGAGCUGGGAGACAUCGAAAGCACCAUUCUUGAAGUUGCCAAUGGGCUAUUGGACCGUGUCGUCGUGUCUGCUCGUGGAGAUAAACACCGAUUCCUAGCUGCUCACGUUGUUUUCACUUCGCAGUUUGACGGCGACGUGGACCAGCUUUUGCACCAGUUGAAGACUCGUCUUCCGCUGCCGCAGUACAUGUGUCCCGCUGUUUUCGUUCCUGUCGACACACUUCCACUCAAUAUACACGGCAAGUUCGACCGCAGAGCGGUAGAGUCAUUGCCCCUUCCAAAGGCUGCGAACAACAGUAGCUUCACCAAUGCCGAUGGUACGUUACUGACGCCUGCGGAAUCCGCCAUGCGGGAUCUAUGGAGCAAGGUCCUGAAUGAUGAAGGCUUUGUCAAUAUCUCCGAUAUCGACAGCGAGACCGACUUCUUCAUGGUAGGCGGGAGCUCUGUGCUGCUGGUCAAGCUCCAGGCAAUGCUUCGUGAGGGAUUCGAGGCUGUCGUGCAGCUGGUCGAACUGUUCGAGAACAGCACCCUAGGUGCGAUGGCUGUGACAGCCGAAGCUGCCAGGCGAACGAAUGCCAUAGAUUGGGAAGCUGAAACAUCCAUCGACGACAUUCUCGCCGCUCAGCUGCAGCUGCCACCUGCAGCCUCCCCGAGCACAUACGCAAAGAGGAGCGGCAUUACCGUCGUCCUCACCGGAGUGACCGGCGUCUUGGGCAGAGAGAUCCUGCAGCUCCUCGUCGCUGACCAGAAGGUGGCUCACAUCCACGCAGUCGCCGUCCGCUCCAGAGUUGGCAGCAAACGCACUCUUCCGGCUCCUUCUCCCAAGCUAGAGCUGCAUGACGGCGAUCUAUGCAGCCCACAACUGGGACUUGAUGCAGCGGUAUUCGCCUUGCUAGCCGCAACAGCCGACGUAGUCAUCCACAACGGAGCCAACCGUUCCGUCUGGGACGAAUACCAAGUCGUAAGAGAGGCCAACGUCGCCAGUACCAAGACCUUGAUUUCCCUCGCUCUCGCCAGCGAUCGUCGCAUCCCUAUCCAUUUCAUUUCCAGCGGCGGACUCGCGAGCAUGGCCAUGGAAGGCUCCACCCCGACUUCAACCGGCAAAGAAGGAUAUCUCGCCUCCAGGUGGGCCAGUGAACAGCUGUUGCAGAGGGCUGCGGCGGAAUUCGGCAUCCCUAGUGUUGCGCACCGGCCGGCUCACAGAAUCCUGAAGCCCACUUCGCCACAGGUUGUGUUAGAUAAAUGCCGGUCCAUCGCUCGCCAGAUGCGUUGUCUUCCUACGAAGGGAGGGUGGGAGGGCACGUUAACCUUUACUCCCACCCGGGUCCUGGCCGAGGAUGUUGUUGCCAGGGUUUUAGGCAGCUUAGGUGCAGGUGUUGUCGAUGCAAGUGGCAAGGUACCAGCAACCUGUGCAGAACUGGCUAUCCAUGAGCACUGUGCAACGGUGCAGGUGGAGAUAGCCGAUAUAAUAAACGCAGCACGAGAGACCGGUGAGGCAAUUGAUGACUAUGAUACAUUGAUAUUCCCAUAUUGGCAUGGACGCGCCAGGAGGGAGUUUGAGCUUGGAUGGUUUGCAACUGGGCACGAUGUGGUCGUAGGGGAGGGGGAGAUGAAGAGAGCCAGUGUCUUUUAA